AUUUAUUUCUUAAAAGUAGUAACAAAGAGGCCAGAGCCACUUCUGGGGUGGCAGCUCUUUGAGCAAAGAGACGUGCACGUCCUUUCCCGGUAGUGGACGUUGGGUGGUGGCGGAGGAAAAAUCUGGCAGAAUGUUGGAGAUUUUGUUUUUGUUUCUGUUUUUGUCAUUUCGGGGAGGCGAUUCACAACUUGUCAUUCCAGCUCAUCUAACCUCUUAACACUUCUAUCUUAUGAGGCUUUGGGCUUUCUCUGCUUUUUAUUUAUGGUGUAUUUAUCUUUAAAAGAAAUCAUUGAUCUAGCUGGCCUAACUCAGGAUCUCACGCCCAUUCCCUUCUGACUCGCUUAGAGAACUUGUGCGCCUUAACAAUUUGUUUGCAAAUGCUUCUUUCUCUUUGAAUCUAUAGUCUCUUAACUGCCUUGGUGGCCUCAUCUUAUUUGGGGGAAAUGACAAAAAUUCAAAUAUGUUUUCAAAAAAGUAUAAAAACGAUUCAUUCCAUGAUCUUCUCCAGCCCUCACACCAUGCUUUACUGUUAGUUGGUUCACCUAAAUAUUGGGUUGCAGAACUAUAGUGGCAGCUGAUACACAGCAUAUUUAGUACACUAUGUAUGAAAUUAUGCUCCCCCAAAUAACCUUAAGUAACAUUGGUGUUCACUGUAGGAUUUCAUUUGGUUCCCAAUGUCAGUAUUACUUAGUUCCUUCUGUAUUAGCCAUAUUUAGUGUAAUUGCCUUCAAAAGCAAUUUGAAGAUUAUUAAAUAUCUUAAGUUACAGAACGGAAUGCCACUUAACAGAAAGAAAGUCUUUGAAAAUUAUCAGUGACACUUGUUGACCUUGAUAAGUGAUGAUUAGAAUUGGUGGGAGGGACAAGGAGAAAGCAAGCUUACUUAGAAGUAGCACCAAUGGCUAUUUUCUGUUCUACUUUAUUAAUAAUUCCUCUCUUUUUAGCAAAAGGAUGAGAUUUCUAUGGUCAAUAAAUCCCUAUGGAGGAAUUCUUACUGAUAAUUUAGUUGCCAUCUCUUCUCUUUAACGUUAUAAUGCUAUAAAAUAGUGAAUUGUUCCAAGAGAAUAGGGAAGGGUCAAAUAACUUAGCUACUCUACCUCAGCUUUUUUCCUGUAACAUGGGGAUAACAGUAAUAAUACCUAUUUCAUCAGGUUUAGGGGGGAACAAUGAAUUAAUGUAUGUAAAGCAUUUAACAUAAUGUCUAGUACAUAGUAAGCAUUGUAAGUGUUAUUCACAUUAUUUUAAAAACAUAUUAAGCGUUAUAUUGAGAAAAUGAAAGCAACAAAACCUAAGGACAACUUGAUAAAAUCACUUUGGCUGGUGGGGAUAAAAAAUAUGCUUUCUCAGUGAUUUUCAACUAUGUGAAUAGAAACAUUUUGUGGGUUUGGCUUGGUUUGGUUAUUUCAAGUUGACGGGAGUUAAACAAAAGAUUGAGAAACAUUGUUUAAGGAUGAAGAAAGGGGAUCAUUUUCUGUCUCAGGAACAUUUUACAGAGACAUAACGUGACAUCCCAAUUUUUGGUUUUUACUUAUGAAGAUAUACUUUCUGAUCACUGCUGGUAAUUUCCUUUUUUUUAUAAGUGAAAUGUUUUAUUACUUCUUUUAAUUUAAUUUUCUUUUUAAAUUUACAUCCAAGUUAGUUAGCAUAUAGUGCAACAAUGAUUUCAGGAGUAGAUUCCUUAAUGCCCCUUACGCAUUUAGCCCAUCCCCCCCCCUCCCAUAACUCCUCCAGUAACCCUCUGUUUGUUCAUAUUUUGAAGUCUCUUAUGUUUUGUCUCCCUCCCUGUUUUUAUAUUAUUUUUGCUUCCCUUCCCUUAUGUUCAUCUGUUUUGUCUCUUAAAGUUCGCAUAUGAGUGAAGUCAUAUGAUUUUUGUCUUUCUCUGACUAAUUUCACUUAGCAUAAUACCCUCCAGUUCCAUCCACAUAGUUGCAGAUGGCAAGAUUUCAUUCUUUUUGAUUACUGAGUAAUACCCCAUUGUAUCUAUAUACCACAUCUUUUUUAUCCAUUCAUCCAUUGAUGGACAUUUGGGCUCUUUCCAUACUUUGGCUGUUGUUGAUAGUGUUGCUAUAAACAUUGGGGUGCAUGUGCCCCUUUGAAACAGCAUACCUGUAUCCCUUGGAUAAAUACCUAGUAGUACUGUUGCUGGUUUGUAGGGUAGUUCUAUUUUUAAUUUUCUGAGGAACCUCUAUACUGUUUUCCAGAGUGGCUGCACCAGUUUGCAUUCUUACCAGCAAUGCAAAAGAGAUCCUCUUUCUCCGCAUCCUCACCAACAUCUGUUGUUAGCCUGAGUUGUUAAUGUUAGCCAUUCUGACAGGUGUCAGGUGGUAUCUCGUUGUGGUUUUGAUUUGUAUUUCCCUGAUGAUGAGUGAUGUUGAGCAUUUUUUCAUGUGUCAUUUGGCCAUCUGGAUGUCUUCUUUGGAAAAGUUCAUGUCUUUUGCCCAUUUCUUCACUGGAUUAUUUGUUUUUUGGGUGUUGAGUUUGGUAAGUUCUUUAUAGAUUUUGGAUACCAACCCUUUAUCUGAUAUGUCAUUUGCAAAUAUCUUCUCCUGUUCUGUCGGUUGCCUUUUAGUUUUGCUGAUUGUUUCCUUCACUCUGCAGAAGCUUUUUAUGUUGAUGAGGUCCCAGCAGUUCAUUUUUGCUUUUGUUUCCACUGCUGGUAAUUUCUACUAGCGUGUACUUUGUAAACUGAAAAGGAAAAAAGGAACAUGAGAAAAUCUUAAAAUUAUAAGCUAAGAUUUUGAAUAGUUCAGUGUAUUUCAGAGGAUUUCUGUUUGUUUGUUUUAUAAAGCAAUGGGAAAUCCAGAAAACAUAGAAGAUGCAUAUGUUGCUGUUAUUCGUCCAAAGAAUACUGCCAGUCUCAAUUCUCGGGAAUACAGAGCUAAGUCCUAUGAAAUUUUGUUGCAUGAAGUUCCCAUUGAAGGACAGAAAAAAAAGAGAAAGAAAGUUUUAUUGGAAACUAAACUUCAAGGCAACAGUGAAGUAACACAAGGCAUAUUGGAUUAUGUAGUAGAAACUACCAAACCAAUUUCUCCUGCAAACCAGGGUAUCAGAGGAAAACGAGUGGUCCUAAUGAAGAAAUUUCCUCUGGAUGGAGAGAAAGUUGGCAGAGAAGCAGCAUUAUUUAUUGUUCCAUCAGUUGUCAAAGAUAAUACUAAAUAUACAUAUACUCCAGGAUGCCCAAUUUUUUACUGCUUACAAGAUAUUAUGCGAGUCUGUAGUGAAUCCAGCAGUCACUUUGCUACACUUACAGCAAGGAUGUUAAUAGCCUUGGAUAAGUGGUUAGAUGAACGCCAUGCACAAUCUCACUUUAUUCCAGCUUUAUUCCGGCCUUCUCCUCUUGAGCGGAUAAAAACUAAUGUCAUAAACCCUGCAUAUGCUACUGAAUCAGGUCAAAUGGAAAACUCAUUACAUAUGGGCUACAGUGCACUAGAAAUAAAGAGUAAAAUGUUAGCCCUAGAGAAAGCAGAUACCUGUAUUUACAACCCUUUGUUUGGAUCAGAUCUUCAAUAUACGAACCGGGUAGAUAAAGUGGUAAUAAAUCCAUACUUUGGUCUAGGAGCUCCAGACUACUCAAAAAUCCAAAUUCCCAAACAAGAAAAAUGGCAGAGAAGCAUGAGCAGUGUCACAGAAGACAAGGAACGACAGUGGGUAGAUGACUUUCCUCUCCAUCGAAGUGCCUGUGAAGGAGAUUCAGAAUUACUAAACCGUCUUCUCAAUGAAAGAUUUUCAGUCAACCAAUUAGAUAGUGACCACUGGGCACCCAUUCAUUAUGCAUGCUGGUAUGGAAAAGUUGAGGCCACUCGCAUAUUGUUAGAGAAAGGAAAGUGCAAUCCAAACCUUUUAAAUGGACAGCUUAGUUCUCCUCUUCAUUUUGCUGCUGGAGGAGGACAUGCUGAAAUAGUACAGAUUCUCCUAAACCAUCCAGAAAUUGACAGACACAUAACGGACCAACAAGGAAGAUCCCCCUUAAAUAUUUGUGAAGAAAACAAACAAAAUAACUGGGAAGAAGCUGCAAAACUGUUGAAGGAAGCCAUUAACAAACCAUAUGAAAAAGUUCGGAUAUACAGAAUGGAUGGAUCAUACCGUUCUGUUGAACUGAAACAUGGAAAUAAUACCACAGUGCAGCAGAUAAUGGAAGGAAUGCGUCUCUCUCAGGAAACACAGCAAUAUUUCACUAUUUGGAUCUGUUCAGAAAACCUCAGCCUUCAACUCAAGCCUUAUCAUAAACCAUUGCAACAUGUUCGUGACUGGCCAGAAAUACUUGCUGAAUUAACUAAUUUGGAUCCCCAAAGAGAAACACCACAGCUUUUCCUAAGAAGAGAUGUGAGACUUCCUUUGGAAGUUGAAAAAAAGAUUGAAGACCCACUAGCUAUUCUUAUCCUCUUUGAUGAAGCCAGAUAUAAUUUAUUAAAGGGCUUUUAUACAGCUCCUGACACUAAACUGAUAACAUUGGCAAGUCUACUGUUGCAAAUAGUUUAUGGAAAUUAUGAGAGUAAGAAACACAAGCAAGGUUUCCUAAAUGAAGAAAACCUAAAAUCCAUUGUACCUAUUACCAAAUUGAAAAGUAAGGCACCUCACUGGACAAACCGAAUACUUCAUGAAUAUAAGAAUCUUAGUACAAGUGAGGGUGUCAGUAAAGAAAUGCAUCACCUUCAGCGCAUGUUCUUACAGAAUUGUUGGGAAAUUCCUACAUAUGGAGCAGCUUUUUUCACAGGACAGAUAUUUACAAAGGCAAGCCCCAGCAAUCAUAAAGUCAUCCCUGUGUAUGUAGGAGUGAAUGUAAAAGGACUUCAUCUUCUCAACAUGGAAACUAAGGCUUUACUCAUCAGUCUUAAGUAUGGUUGUUUUAUGUGGCAAUUGGGAGAUGCUGAUGCAUGUUUUCAGAUCCAUAGUAUGGAAAAUAAAAUGAGCUUUAUAGUACACACAAAACAGGCUGGCCUUGUGGUAAAACUAUUAAUGAAGCUAAAUGGACAGUUAAUGCCCACCGAAAGAAAUUCAUGAGAGGAAAGCAGCUGAUACUUAAACUACCACAUUUUGUAAUGCAGAUUUUUUCCAUGAAAGAUUUCUUAAACUAUCACUUUUAACAAGGCACUUAGUCUCUUGUAAUAUAUGAAUGUAUACUACUACAUUGUACAGAAUCUGUACUUACGUUUGGUGUGUAAUAUACCAAUUAGUUUUGUAUAAUAUCCUCAUAAGCUAUUCUAAUUUUUGAGAGAAACACAUAAAAAUAUGUAGAUUGAUCAUCUGUAUAAUAAUGGACAAAAUAGUAAGCUUUAUAAAAAGUUAUUUUUGGUAAAUGGUAAAGAAUUUGGAGUGGGAUGUAAUGAAAUUAAAAUAUAGCUUUGGUAUAACUUUGUGUGUCAUUUCAGAAUAUACUGAAACUCAACAUAUUUGAAUAAAGAAAAUAUAUUUUCUACUUAAA